UCGGAGACCAGGGGAUUCGAAUCGAACACCCAUACAUACGCCGGGGCUCUGGCGGAGAGGCGCACGGCCCAAUCAGCGGCCGCGGAACGCAGGGCCUCGAACGUUGGGACACUCCCAGGCCCCGCCCCGCGCUGUUGUUUGUGGUGUUCUCCCCGGGAGGAGGGAGAGCAGGCGAACCACAACAUUCGUCCGGUCGGGGCCGAUUGAAGCAGGCUGCUCGGGCCGGAGGGAGGGGAGGGAGCUCAGGCGGCGAUUGCUGGGGGUUGGGGAGGAGGAGGAGGAGAGACGGGCGGACGCAGGCCGGAGAAAAAGGCUAGCGAGAAGAAGCCAGCCUCGGCGGGCGCCUCCCCGCUCCCCCCAGCCCUCUCGGACCUCGGGCUCGCUUCUUCCUUGCUGGGCGGCUGGUGCCGGCUUCGCUUCUUCUCGCCAUGUCGGUGAAUAUGGAGGAGCUCAGGCACCAGGUCAUGAUUAACCAGUUCGUGCUGGCCGCGGGCUGCGCGGCCGACCAGGCGAAGCAGCUGCUGCAGGCGGCCCACUGGCAGUUCGAGACCGCCCUGAGCACGUUUUUCCAAGAAACAAACAUUCCCAACAGCCACCAUCACCACCAGAUGAUGUGUACACCUAGCAACACACCUGCUACACCACCCAAUUUCCCGGAUGCAUUGGCCAUGUUCUCCAAGCUACGGGCCUCGGAGACUCUGCAAAGCAGUAACAGUCCCAUGACAGCCAUGGCUUGCUCCCCCCCUGCAAACUUCAGCCCCUUUUGGGCCUCCUCUCCACCCAGCCACCAGGCAGCCUGGAUCCCACCCUCCUCCCCCACAGCUCACAGCCUACAUCACCUCCACCAUCCUCAGCCCACGUGGCCCCCUGGGGCACAACAGGGGGGUUCCCAGCAGAAAGCUGUGGCUGCAAUGGAUGGGCAGAGAUAAGACUGUUGCUGGGCCCGGGCUGGGGGUGCAGGGGCUAGAAAUGCUUGGGGUAGGGGUGGGUGCAGAGAAGGACAGGUUAGGGAAGGGUGGGGUGGGAUGGGGUGGGGUGUUUCCUGAAGAUUGCACUGGAAAAUUUUAUAAUUUUUUUUAAACUUCCUGAGCCACCCAAGGCCUUCAGGGGGGGAUUUCUCUUCAGGAAAGUCAAUAACUGGUCUUUUCUCUUUUUAAUAUAUAACUAUAAUAUAUAUAAAUAUACAGAUAUAUCUAAUGUAUAGGAGAAUGGGGCCAGCCUUGGAGAGAGGAAGAUGGAGAAAACGUCUUUCUGUCACCUCUCUCCUUGCUUCACUUACCCCAGAGUGGAGUGCUUGGCGAAUAACAGAUAGAUCUCUGGGUAACGAGUUCUGGUGACCUGAGUGGGGGUGGGAUGGGGUGCCAAUGUCUAGAGCAGCUAUGACAGGGAGGGGGAGGUGGGGUAAGGGGCACACUCCCAUUCUCUGCAAUGCUGAGGCUGUGAACCUGGAUCGUGGCAGCAGCCAGACAAGCCAGGCUUUCUCCUUGGGACUCCCCGGGAACAGUGGCCACAGAAAAAUGGAUUUGAGGGGAAAUGAGGAUGUUGUGCACCCUCCCAAUCUGGACUCGGCCUCCCAAGUGCUGAUCACAGCUGCCGCUGUUCUUCUGACCUCAGACUGAAGGGAAUCUUCUCCCCUACCCCCAAUCACUGCUGCUUAGACCCUGGAGGCAGCCUGUUCUUUUUGUCGGUUUUCCCUUGGGUCUCCAUCCUGGGUGUGGGGGUGGUGAGGGGUAGGGUGGCCCACCUCCAGAUAAGAUUUUUCUCCUCCCCCUUCCAGGGCUGGGGCCCUGCACUAUAUUGUAUAGGAGGCUUGGAGGUGGGAAGGACCUAAGCUUCUCUCACCAGAGCCACAGGUGGUGGGGGUGGCUGGCUUGGUUGAGCUGGACAGGAAAAGCUUGCAACCGAGGACUUUUGGUUUAGUUCCCAAAUCAGAAUCUUGCUCAUGCCAGGUUGAGUUUUUUUUUUUUUUAAUUUAAAAUUUUUUUAAAAAAUGAAUUUUCUAACCUUCCGUGUCUGUGGUACUGCUCUUUCCUACUUGGAAACAAAUCUCUCCUGUUCUCCAAUGAUCUUAGACACUGGAAUGGGGCUAGAAGGGAAUUGAGUUGAAUGAGGAAGGGGAUUUAGAGUGAGAAAAGUGAUCUACCUUGAAUCAUGGAUUUGUAGUUGAAGAGGGUGGGAUAGAAUCAAGUUUGAAACCUGAGCUGUUUAUCCUUCCUUUCCCCAGGGGUUCCAUCUUGUUCUUUGUCCCUUCAGAAUGCAGUCUUUAGACUCAAGAAGAGGGGAGCAAGCUCUUGGUCAAAUAGAGUUUCGGGAUGAUGGAAUAGACUUGGUCAUCUGAACAAAGUCUAGCUCUUUAGAUGAUUCCCUUUGUUGUACCUGCCCAAGAUCCCACCUCACAACCUUCCCUGCCAUUUCACUUUCAAACUCUGAAGUACCACCUUUCUUCUAGAAGUUAUAGCUAGGCUUUUCUAAGCCUCAUUUUAAGUCCUCCCCAACUCAGCAUCCCAGGAGUAGCAUGUGCACAUUGUGAGGCCUGCAAUAGGACAUUGGUGUGCCUAAGAAAGGAGUGUACAUGACAGCACAGGUGGACCUGCUGCUUAUUAACAAAGGAAUCUUAGAAUUUAAUUCCUCUCUUACUGAAUACUCUUGAAUAUAUUCCUCUUAUCUUAGGGGAGCUGAGCCAUCCUAACCUCUGUUUCCUAGAGGAAAAAAAAGGAAGACCUGCUCAGUUGUUUGCAUAGACAAAGAGCUUAAUCAGUGAAUAUUAAGCACCACUUCUGUGCCAGGCACUGUACUAGAUGCAAAAUAAAUAUUAGGUAAUUUGGAGAUUGAGGAGAAAGAUCCAACAAGUCUGCCUUUAGGAAAGAGGUGGUUCCUGAGCUGAACUUUGAAAAACUCUCAUUACUCCUCAGAGGUGAGGAGGGAAUAUAUGGGGGACUGAAGAUGAAAUGUCACAUGUGAAGACCUGCAAUAAGGACCUGGCCUGACUGGACCAGAGUUUUAAUACUGAGCCAAUUACGUUUUGUUAAUAAAGUUGAUAGUGAAGAGCCCCAGAAGGGACAUGGUA